CCAAAUGCCUUCCUCCCUCCCUCAGCCUUUUAAAGGUAAGGGAUGCCCUUUUGUAUCAAAUUAAUGAAAUAAAUCUUAAGUUUCAUUGAUAUAUCAUAUACGAGGAGAGAAUGAGUGAGAUUAAACACUUUAGUCAUGAAGAACAUUCAUUAAAGCUGAUCGAAAAAUGGGAGACAGUUGUAGGUGUUACUGAUGAAAUGACAAAAGUCAUUUGUUGUUAUGGAUGUCGAGAACCCAUAUUAGGUGGCUGUGUAUAUGGUUGCACUUUGUGUUCUAAGUUUUUGCAUGAGAUAUGUGCAAACCUAGCACCGGUUAUCAAUCACCAUUUGCAUCCCUUCCAUCCUCUUAUGCUCGUUGCUCGCCAUAGUAACAAUUGGAGUUGUGACGUGUGCGAUAGUCGAGGACUGGUGAAGGGUUUUAGCUAUUUGGUGUAUGAGUUGUGACUUUGAUGCAUGCACGAAAUGUGGUCUUGCUGUUGCACUCAAGGAGGAAGCAUUGAUCGAGUUUAAACAUGAAGGUCACCCACAACACACUUUAACCCUUCAAUCAAGAUCUGCUUCAUUUCGUUGUGAUGCUUGUCAAGCUAAGGAUGAAGACUUAUUCUAUCAAUGUGAUAGUUGUGAUUUUUGGCUCCACAAGACUUGUGCUUCCUUAGCACCCACCAUUGAUCUACCCCACCAUCCUAAUCAUCCUCUCGUUCUCGUCUAUUCACUCCCGGAUAAUUUUUAUAAAUUUUGGUAUUACUGCGAGUUCUGCGACAAAACCAUCCGAAAAAACGGUUGGUUGUAUCAUUGUGCAAACUGUAGAUACUUUGCCCACAUUAAAUGCGCUUUAAACGCAGAGCAACCUUCCAUUCCAAGCAAUGCUCCAGAUACUUAUACUGCUGAAGGACGCACAAAUGAUUUUAUGCAAUUUCCCAUGUCACAUGCAUUCACUGAUCCACUAAAGUUUCUUCAUUCGGAGAAGGUAUCUUUAGACGAUGAUGGUGCAAUAGAAAUUAGCCAUUGGAGUCAUGGUCAUCCAUUGAACCUUAGCGUUGAACCUCGAGGUAACAACAUGCCCGACAAUGGUUGUGAUGAUCCAAUAGAGGCAUGUAAUGGAUGUGUACGACCCCUCUCCCUUCCAUAUUAUACUUUGCAAAGAUGGAUGUUCAUUUACCCUUCACAAAUAUUGUGCCGAAUUACCGCUCACAUUAGAACAUCAUCUUCACCCAGAUCAUCCACUUGAUUUGGUAGACACCAGUGAAGAUAAGUACCUUUAUAGAUGCAAUGGUUGUUUUAGCGAAGGCAACAAGUUUGUCUACAAAUGUGAAACUUGCAAGUUCUACUUGGAU